GGCUCGCUCGCUAGCCCUUUCAUUCACACAAACAGCAUUUCAUUCACAUUUUGCUGUUUUUGUCUGCUUCUAAUGAAGAUCACGGUUUGGGCAUGAUAGGGCAGUUUUGCUUCAGAUUUUGGGGGACUUGGAUAAGCAUCACCAUCAUCUCUGGGGUGUGCCUUUGCUGUUGCUAUGCCAGCAAGGGGAAGGAAAAAAAUGAGUGCCAUGCGGCUGCUCGGCUAGGCCUGCAGCCCUGGGAGGGGGGCCGCCGCUCCUCUGCGCUCCUGCUUCCCUGCAGCGGGCCUCACCUGGCCCGCCAUCAGGGGCACUCCUUACACCUUGUUCCAUAAAGCUCUUCAAGGCUCGGUGCCUCAAGUGUCACAUGUCUAGUCGUGGGUGUGAGAAGACUCAGGGUGACCUGAUAACAUGCUAGAGGAAGUGAUUUGCAGUGCUCACCGAGCCUUUGUUGAGAAGGGUCUCCUCUCGGAGUGAGUCAUGCUUUUGCUGUGAGCAGCCCCAAGCAGCUGGGCGCUCAUCAGAGGAAACUAUGACUUUUGCAAAGCAAACGUGCCGCCCUCAGCAGCCGAGUCCGGGGCCGGGGCUGCGCGGCCACGGCCGUGCGGGGUGUUAGCGGUGGUAGACCGGCGCCGCUGCUCGCGCCCCCCAGCCGGCUGUCCCGGCCGCUCCGUCCCGCCCCGGGGACCGCGGCUCGCCUGCUAUGCGCGGCAGCCCGCGCCGGGGCCGGCACCUGCAGCGCCCGGGCGGAUGCGGCGAGCCCACGGAGGGGCAUGCUUCCACGCACCAAGUACAAUCGCUUCAGGAAUGACUCGGUGACAUCGGUCGAUGACCUUCUGCACAACCUGUCGGUGAGCGGCGGUGGCAAGGUCUCGGCGGCGCGCGCGGCCCCGGCGGCGGCCCCCUACCUGGUGUCCGGAGACGCGCUGCGCAGGGCGCCCGACGAUGGGCCGGGCAGCCUGGGCCACCUGCUCCACAAGGUGUCCCACCUGAAACUCUCCAGCUCGGGCCUCCGCGGCCUGUCGGCGGCCAGGGAGCGGGCGGGCGCGCGGCUCUCGGGCAGCUGCAGCGCGCCCAGCCUGGCCGCCCCGGACGGCAGCGCGCCCCCCGGCCCCCGCGCCCCGGCCAUGCGCGCCGUCAGGAAGGGCCGACCAGGCGACGAGCCGCCGCCCCGCGCCCCGCACGCUAGCGACCAGGUGCUGGGGGCCGGAGUCACCUACGUCGUCAAGUACUUGGGGUGCAUUGAAGUUCUUCGCUCAAUGAGGUCACUUGACUUCAGUACAAGGACACAAAUUACCAGGGAAGCCAUCAGCCGGGUUUGCGAAGCCGUCCCUGGCGCCAAGGGAGCCUUCAGGAAAAGAAAGCCUCCGAGCAAAAUGUUGUCCAGCAUCCUGGGCAAGAGCAACCUCCAGUUUGCGGGGAUGAGCAUCUCCCUGACCAUAUCCACCGCCAGCCUGAACCUGCGGACCCCAGACUCGAAACAGAUUAUAGCGAAUCAUCACAUGCAGUCCAUCUCCUUUGCCUCUGGUGGAGACCCGGAUACAACAGACUAUGUUGCGUACGUAGCUAAGGACCCUGUUAAUCGCAGAGCUUGUCACAUUCUGGAAUGCUGUGACGGGCUGGCCCAGGAGGUCAUCGGCUCCAUCGGACAAGCCUUUGAGCUCCGGUUUAAGCAAUAUUUGCAGUGUCCUUCCAAGAUCCCUGCUCUCCACGACCGAAUGCAGAGUCUAGAUGAGCCCUGGACUGAAGAGGAGGGUGACGGCGCAGACCACCCGUACUACAACAGCAUUCCAAGCAAGAUGCCUCCUCCAGGGGGCUUUGUAGAUGCUCGACUGAAAGCCAGACUCCAUGGUCCUGACACAGCCCAGUUUGCAGGAAAAGAGCAAACUUACUACCAGGGGAGACACUUAGGAGACCCGCUUGGCGAAGACUGGCAGCAAACACCUGUCAGGCAAGGUGAGAGGCAAGGGUCCUUGGACAUCUACAGCAUACCGGAAAGGAAAUCGCAUGUGACCCCUACGGGAGAAGCCCCCACCUAUGUCAACACCCAGUGCAUCCCGCUGCAGGCUGGGCUGGCCGCGGGCAGCAGUGCAGAAAGCAGCCCACGGAAAGACCUCUUUGACAUGAAACCUUUUGAAGAUGCUCUCAAGAACCAGUCCUUGGGGCCUGUGUUGAGCAAGGCAGCCUCCGUGGAGUGCAUCAGCCCCGUCUCACCCAGAGCCCCGGAUGCUAAGAUGCUGGAAGAGCUGAAAGCAGAGCCUUGGUACCAAGGGGAGAUGAGCAGGAAGGAGGCAGAGGGGCUACUGAAGAGAGAUGGAGACUUCCUGGUCAGGAAGAGCACCACCAACCCAGGCUCCUUUGUCCUCACUGGCAUGCACAAUGGCCAGGCCAAGCACCUGCUGCUCGUGGACCCAGAAGGCACGAUCCGCACAAAGGACAGGAUCUUUGACAGUAUCAACGACCUCAUCAACCACCACCUGGAGAACAGCCUGCCCAUCGUCUCUGCCGGGAGCGAGCUCUGCCUUCAGCAGCCGGUGGAGAGGAACCCGUGACCUGCCAGCUGCCCCGUCCCGACACUGCACCUGCAGUCAGGAGGGCUCACUUCUUCCCGGUAGAUGGGUACUGGGCCAUGGGAACUCAAGCAUCUGCCCACUAGCUCAGAGCUUUGUUCAAAAGCCCCAGGAGGAAGGCCUCCCUAAAGUGCAAGUUUCAUAAACUUGUUCCGAAUUCUCAUGUGCAUAUUAAAGGUGUACAUACCUAUACAUCCUGUACAAAUUAUCCCUCUAUAUUUAUAUUUUUUAAGACUAAGAAAGAUGUAAGACUGAUGUUCUGUGCUGUAUGUUUUUAAUGAAAACAAAGUUUGACUGUAGUUGUCCGGGCAAAAUGUUAAUUCAGCUGACCCAUUCCACUGGGAAAGUCCACUGGGAAGGUAUUACCUACUAAGCACAAUACAGGGAAUAGAAGCAGCAGGAGAGUCGGUAAUAAACACUUGGGAUUGUGAUAGAAUAAGGCAAGAUGCUGUCUAUGCUCUGCACGUAAAGCCCUGUGAAGUGCUGGUCCUCAUGGCUGUCCCUCCUCCUUGGCGACGCCUCCCAGGCUGCCUGCAUCACACCUGUGUGCAUGGGGUUUCCAGCACCAGAGAUUAGGGCUGCUGCACUGAAGAGUAGGCAUUACUCCAGCUGUUUCAGGUAGUGCUGAGCACAGGAAUGCCGUCUCCCAUGACUCCGGUUGUCCAGGGGUUCUUGAGGAUCCACUUUACUGCCAAAUAGGGCACAAAAUAAGCCUCACUGAUCAAGAUCUUGACAGGUAAAUGCUUCCUUUGUUUUUAUCUGUAUAAGGACAAAAUGAGGAUGAGUGGAGGGAUAGAUGGGGGUUUGUACAUCCUCUUAGCCAACAGGCUGCUGCAGUACCUGCUAGUAAAACCCCGCCCCCUUUAUAUUCAGUAGAGGAAGAAGCAUGUGUACGAUCUGUGGAAGACGGGUGCAAACACAUGUGCUCAGAGUUCCUGCCUGGAGACAUUCCAUCAGCUGUGGCUGAUUCAGGUUUGCCUGAAGCUCGGGACCAGGCUCAAGAGCUUUGGGAAUCAGUUUGAGGUCCCACUUCUGGAGAGAUUGGUGGUAAAUUGGCUGGUUUGUCUCUACAAUUGUUUCCCAAUUGCUCCAUGAAAAGGGCUCAUGCCCUGGGCAGCGCUUUGUCCCGGCUCCUUCCUUUGGGAUCAAACACUGAUUUCCUACUGGGUCGUUUGGUGUUAGGAAGUCGACAGUGUUUCUAACUUUUAAAAAAUGUUUGGCUUGAGAUUACCAUAUGAUUUAACAGGUGCUGUCUUUUAAAAGAUGGAAGGAUUCACUCAUUCGUUGGCACCUUCUCACUUGUGCUGCAAUGUUGGCUCUUGUCCCAGUGAAAUCCAUUGCGGGCAGCACCCCCUUCAUCAGUGCAACGGAAGGACUCUCUGCAUACACUUAGCAUUGGAGAGUAAUAAGUUUGAUGCUUCGAGAAUGUGGAGUUAAUGGUAGAUUUAAAAAAUUCUAAUGAGCGCUAAUUCCACAAAGUUCUAAUGCUACGUGCGUGAACCCUGUUUCUACUUUUAGAGGAUGUGUAUGGCCAGGAUGGGAGGAUGGGGUAGACCUGUUGGCUGAGGAUGGCUUGGGGCAGGUCCAAGGAUUCAUGUUAGCCUUCUGUGGAGUUUUUACCCUUUGAAGGUCCAAUGAACCAAAGCUGACAGUGGCUUCAAUCUUCUAGAAUGUUCUGCAGUGAAUUGGAACUUUAUGGGGAGUCUGGCACUAAUCUAGACUGCCCUGCCUCUUCCUAGAAUGGUCUGUUUUCAGGUGCAGAACAGAUACCCUGCUCCAAGUUAUCCAAAAGCAGUGGGGUCUGAACAGGGAUGCCAGACAGCAGCUAGGUCGGGCUCUUCCCCUGUGACAAUGUAGACUUUGGGGUGGCUGUGAGAAUUGCCCUGCACUCUGUCUCCUUGAGGCCUGCAGCCCUGCAGACAUAUACAUAAAAAUCUGACCUCUAUGGGGAUGCAUGAUCCUUCUUUGUGUGCAAGUGUACACACAUAUAAAAAUGGAUCAAAUGACUUCUUUCAACAGAAUUGCACGCCCCCCUGCAUAAGGCCAAAACACUCAUGUUAAGGGCAAAGGAAAGUAGGAAACAAGAGUUAAGAACUGAGGGCCCCUGAACAUUUGAUCUGUUUUGUUUUUCUCUUGGGAGUAUAAGAAAUGGUAAUCUGCAGGUUUAGUAGCUCUCUGCUCUGAAGUUAGUGUUUAUCUCAAUGGUGAUAAGCAAUAUAUGCUUUUUGCAUGAGAAUCAAUUUAGAAAAUUAAAAGUAAUGGGGGAUCAAAUAUUGUUUCAAUAUUCAUUCAAAAUAUGUAUUUUUAAGCUCAGGUUUUAAGAUCGCUUCCCACAGAACAGUGCUAGUGGGACAUAACUGGCACUCCUUUGUAGCCAUUGGAGCAGAUUUGAGGUGUAGCAGCAAUUUUCUAGUCUUUGUUUUCUCCCAUUUGUAAAGCAUGUAAAGCAUGUAAGAGCUCACCUGGGUCAUCUCUUCUCUUCCUUAACGCCACAUGCUGGGUAUCACGGAGCCUCACUCACAGAUGGGGAAACUGAGGCUCAGGUAGUGCCCACCUUGCUCAAGGCUACAGGGUCGGUGGGCAACAGAGCUGUUCUACUCUCUCAGCGCUUCUCUGAGCUCUGCUCCAUAGGGAGCUCGGGAUUCAGAGGCAAACUUCGCUGCAGCCACAGUCGGGGCAGCUCCAGGGCCUCCAACUCCCAGGGCGUGGUCACUGAGCGCCGUGCCGGGCCACCCUGGGCCCUCGGAGUGUGCCAGGACCUGCUGCCCCUCUCGUGGGCCCCCUGCCACUUGACCCAGGCCUCUGUGUCUGCCGGGAGAGCCAGGCAGGGUCCAGCAGUCCUAAAAUGGCCCAUCUUGCUAAGUAGCUCUGGAGACCCCCCUUCCCCUUCCUACCCACGCCAUCCUGUUUGAAUUAGCUGUGCUUUCCAGUGACACUCCUAUCUGCUGGGAGCCUGCGGGGCUUCUGUGGGGCCGCUGGUCACUGGUUUCAGUCAGCUUUGACAUCUGACUACUAGGGAUACUCUGAACAGCUCAUAGUAGAGGCAGGUGGGGAAUUCCCUGGUGGUCCAGUGGUUAGGACUCGGUACUCUCACUGCCGGGGCCAAGGGUUCGAUCCCUGGUUGGGGAACUAAGAUCUUGCAAGCCACAUGGUACGGCCAAAAAAAAAAAAAAAAAAAGAAGCAGGUGGACAGUCAGAUGGUGUGUUCAAAUCAAAUAACUCCCCACCUAAAUCCUAUGUUUAAGCCACCACUUCCGGACUUUUUAUGUUUGAGAGGCCAGAGGACCGGGAGCCUGCCUGGCCUUUACCUGUGUUUCAUUUGAGCAAUGAUUCUGUUUUGGGCCAUCUCAGCUGUUGGGGUUGCUGGACAAAGACCCAACUGGGGUUCUCCUGAUGGAGGAGGGUAGCAGUGAUCAUUUCCAAUGAGGACAGAAGGUGAGAAGCCGAGUGCGAAGGGAAAGUCCUGGCUGAAAGCAGGGCAGGCCUGGGAGAGGAGUGGAUGAAACAGCACUUUGUGCGGCCCCCUCAAAGGGCCCCGUGCUUGGGGACAGUGUCGACUCAUUCUCCUGGCUCCGUGUCCAGCCUGCUGUCCUGAAGAUGCCCGCUUCCUGAAAUGGAGCUCUCCUUUCAGGUAGCAUCAGAUGCCUGGGUGACUCCUUUAUAUAAGUAACCCUUGAAAACAAAUGUCCUGGUCCUUAUUUCCCUGAAUCAGUCACUUCUUGAAGUCCAGUCACACGUUUCCUUGGAUCCCAGGCUCCCCGGGCAGCCUACCUUGGCUCCCGUAUGCACAGAGCCAUGUGGCCUUGAGCUGGUUGCUCAGUUUCUCUGAGCCCUGGCUCUCCACCUGCACCACCGGGCUGUGCAGUCCCUGUCCUGAGAGGCUGUGGGGGCCAGUGACUAUGUGUAAGCGUGGAGGACAGUUGUUUCCUGGGAUGCUUCACUCUCAAAAGUGUACAUCUGUGCUCUCUCGCUGGCCAAGUAUGUAAGGAUGCCAUCCAUAAAUGCCUUUCUGUGAACGGUGACAGCCCGGUGGGAAGUGGGAAGGAGAUUGUGGAAAGAUUGUAAAUAGGUAACUGUAGGACACAGACAGAUCUUGGCCUUGGGUUUCAGAAUGAUACUCUAGGGUUCUGUAGUAAAACUUUAAGUUGGUCCUGAGAAAGAGAAGUGGAAAAACGACUGGCACAUCUUGUUAACCUGGAACUGUCCCUGCUCCUCAGGGGACAGCAAGUAAGGGAGUGUUCUGGGAUAAUACAGCUGGAGGGACCCAUUUUUCAGUGAGGAAACCAGAGCCAAUUGACUUGCUGGAGGGUGGCGACAGUCAGUGACUGAAUCUAGGACAGAGUGCAGGACUUAUUAGAGUCCUUUAGGGCUUGUACAUAAAGCUCAGCCCCUGAUGGAAAAUGGCCAGUAGUGCUUCCCUCCUUGAGUUUACAUUUAUGUUCCAUCUUUUUUUCCAAAAUGCAUAAAGGCGUGAGUCAUUCACACGGACAAGGAAGUGUUUCUAUUCCUUUGUUUAGUUUGGCGUCCCUCAGAAGCAGACCUUGAGAGAAGCUCAGAGCCUAUGUAGACUUAGGGGUGGGGAAAGGAAGGAAGCUGAUGAGGAAGGCAUGGUCAGGCAAGUCACCAGGAUGUGGCUAACGAAUUGCAUUGGGACUGAGGGCAGCAGGGCUGGACAUACCUCAGAGCUAAUCCACCAGCGUGGGGAGAGAGCUAGAUAUUUACCCAAACAGCCCAGCACUGGUGGAAGGCUGUUUCUAGCCCCAGUGUCCUGGCCAGUCCUAUGCACACCAAGCCAGGGAAUCCUUUGGCAGAGAGACAGGCCUUCAUAAGCAGACUUGGGGUGAAAGGCAGGCAUCAGAGCCAUCGGGGGUCCUCCCCGGAGUUCCUGACUCAGUAGUUCUGGAUGGGGCCAGAGAAUUUGCCUUUCUAAUAAAUUGUGGGUGAAGCUGGUAGGCAGUCUUGACUUUGAGAACCAUCCUCAGGUGCGAAUUGCUAGCCCUUACCUGUCUCAUUGAUGGUUUUUCCCCUCUAAUGUAUGAUUAUGUUUUCAUGCCACUUCAUGUUAUAGAUCCCAGCGUCCAUGCUGUGAGUUUAAAAGUGGAGGAUUAAUAAGCAUUUAUAACUCCAUGCAAUCAUUGCUGGCAGAUAAAAUGCCAUCUGCCAGCCACAAUUUAUUUAUAAUGGAGUUUAUACAUAUUUAUAAGUUUGCAAGCAACAAAUAAACAGUUUUAAAACUGGCAUAUUUUAUAGCAGCCAGAAAAAUUGCAACUUUAUACCAGGACUUGUGAAUAUCAAUUGCAUAUGUAUAGAUACAUAUAUACACACACACAUACAUAUAUCUACUGAUUAUGACAGAUGUGCAUCUCUGUCUGUCUGUAUAUACAUAUAUACACAUGCAUAUACCUACAUUGAUUACAACGGACGUGCAUCUCUGUCUGUACGUGUGCACACGCAGGUUGACUGGGCAAUUAGCACUUCGGGGCUCCUCCCUGGGUUUUGGUAUUUUAACUAACAAGGACAACUAGAAAGUUACACAAAUGUGGAGAGUUUGGGGACCGAUAUAUCCUAGAAUUUACAGACACAGGGAGGAGGGUCCUGGAUGCUGCAGGAAUAGGACAAGAGGGUCACGGGGGGUCCACUGUGGAAAGUGACACAAGGGAAGAGAAGUCAAUGGGGGAAGACAGGAAAGGAAAGGAUGGGAGGACAGAGGAAGAAAAAGAAAAAAGAAGGGAGGGGGCAGCACAUCCAGACCUACAUCCCCUGUUCACCCAGUAGCAUGUAAAAAAAACAAGCAGGGGUGGGUGUUGGUGAGGCUGCCGGGCAGGCGUGUUUGGGGGCCGAGUGUGGUCUUCCUCGGUAUAGCCGCACUGCUUGUUGGCUUCUCUAACCAGCUUUCUCUUGGCCUCAUCUUACGUUAGUUCACGUGAAGUAGGCAUUGUUCUGGGCUCCUGUGAGUGUGCAAAGGUUCCGUCUGCCUGAGGAUAUAGUCCAGUAGGAAAUAAACGCACAAAGAGUGUGGGAGCGUGACAGGCCUGAUGGCUGGUGUGGCCAACUUCAACUAGGACCCUGGAGGGUGGAACUCCUGGGUGGGUCUGGGGAGUCUGAAGGCUUUGCAAACUAGGCUGCAGACGGGAUGGGGAGGGUAAGAACAGGCAGACAAGGCGUGGAUGGCCCAGGAGGAGGCCGGGACCCCCUCAUGCAUGAAAAAUGGUCGGUGUUAGGAGGGAUGCUGGAGGCGGAGGUGAGGUUGCUUCUGCCUGUUCUCGCCUCCUUCCUGCAUCUCAUGCAAUGUAAAGUUUCUCUUUUGUUGUUUCACCUUGAAAUGCUGUAGGCAGGAAUAUAUGCAAGUGGGACACACACUGUGGCCCUGGUGUUUGAGGUCAUGAAUUCACACUUGUCUGGGACAUUUUUACCACAACCAAAGUUUCUAACCACAAAUCAAGUGACAACUAAAGCCGAAAUCAAUGGGCAAAUCCAUUUUUGAACACUGAAUUAACUUUUUUGUAACAGCUGUAUGUUGGUUGCAAGUGGAAUGGUCUCUGUUCAUUUGACUUUUGAAUAUAACUUGUUCCAGAAUAAAUAUUGUAAAGUUAAGUACAUGAAUGUUUGUUUGUAUCCAGAACUAAAUAAGAAUUAAAAUUUGAUGUUUAAAUCCAAGGAUUAGGAGAGAACUCCGUGUACAUCUAAUGUGUAAUAAUGAGAUAUUUAUUAAUUUUUAAAAAGCAUUUGGAUGGCAAAUUAUACAUAUUGAUAAAUAUUUGAAAAUUUUGUGUUUUGUUUUCCGUUAACUUUUGUGAAACAAAAAGGAAUUACUGUGAAGGUCUAUGGUUUAUUGCCAAUUUACCAUUUUCUACGUUGAUAUUGGAACAGAAUCGGUAUUUGGACAUCUCUGAGGAGUGGAAAUACAAAACCAAUUUCAAGUUUUCUAACCUCUGUUCUAUGAAAAAUAAUAAAACCUAAAUUAUUUGGCCAACAUUUGGGAUAUUUGUUAACACAACGGGUAAAGAGAAUUGGCUUAAGUUCCUUCCCUCCUCACAUUCAGUGAAUCCACUUCACUCCUUCAGUAAAUGAUGUGGCUUCCAGUUGUGAGCGCUGCUGCCACACUGGGCACAUCCCUGAGCUUCUAGGGCAGCCAACUGGAGAUGCCACAUGUCGUCCCUGGACGCCAUCACUGUGGCCCAGGGGCAAAGGCUGUCACACCCACUUAGGCAAUGCUGCACUUCUUAUCACUGGUUAUUGGAAAAUGUGCCUUCAUUUUCAGAAUAGUGGUGUGUGCAUUUCUGAUUAUGUAGCAAACCCUUUGAUAUUUGACUUAGAUACUAAAAACAUUUGGGUGUGGAAGUUUUGCACUCGUAGAUACAUUUAAAAGCAUGGACUUGGUAAUUUAACUAGAAGUUUUCUAUAAAGUACACCUUGUUACAUUUCUGUGAAAGGCUCUUUACCAGUGCAGAAGCAACAUGGGUCAAGGGUGGAAACAACUGUUCUCUAAAUAGUCUGAUGUUAACUGUCAAUGUGGGUCUGAGGGCAAUAAAGAAUAUCGUGAAAAGUC